AUGGAGGUUUCAAGCUCAACUCUUCAAAACAGUAACAACGAUAAUGCUAAAGCUAGCUAUCUACGACGGCGUAGGAACACUGUCGGUGGUACUCAGAUUAACCGUCUUUCUGGGCCAUCUCGAAGGGCCAACGGCACUCCCACCAACCGUGGUCCUCCGCCAAAGAAGAGCACGGGUGGCGGUGCAUCGGAUGGAAGCAUUGCUCAAACCCCGGAGGAGGCAGCAUCGGAUGGAAGAAGCAUUGCUCAAACCCCAUCGGAGGCUGCAGCGUCGUCGGAUGGAAGAAGCACUGCUCAAACUCCGCCAGAGGCUGCCCCGCCGGAGGCUGCAGCGUCGACGGAUGUUAGCAGCAUUGCUCAAACCCCGCCGGAGGCUGUAGCGUCGACGGAUGUUAGCAGCAUUGCUCAAACCCCGCCGGAGGCUGUAGCGUCGACGGAUGUUAGCAGCAUUGCUCAAACCCCGCCGGAGGCUGCAGCGUCGUUGGAUGUUAGCAGCAUUGCUCAAACCCCGCCGGAGGCUGCAGCGUCGUCGGAUGUUAGCAGCAUUGCUCAAACCCCGCCGGAGGCUGCAGCGUCGUCGGAUGUUAGCAGCAUUGCUCAAACCCCGCCGGAGGCUGCAGCGUCGUCGGAUGUUAGCAGCAUUGCUCAAACCCCGCCGGAGGCUGUAGCGUCGUCGGAUGUUAGCAGCAUUGCUCAAACCCCGUCGGAGGCUGCAGCAUCGUCGGAUGUUAGCAGCAUUGCUCAAACCCCGGCUAUUGCACCAAUUGGAAGCAACAUUGCUACUCUAACCCUAACCCCGCCGGAGGCUGCAGCGUCGUCGGAUGUUAGUAGCAUUGCUCAAACCCCGCUGGAGGCUGCAGCGUCGUCGGAUGUUAGCAGCAUUGCUCAAACCCCGGCUAUUGCACCAAUUGGAACAUUGCUCUAA